CAACCGGAUGAGAAUUGGAAAUUGCAAAGCGAAGCAUUUGAGUCUACGAUUGGCUUAACAAUUAAUAUUGAGUAUCCUAUCAACCCAUCUUGGUUACAGAUCUGCACCAACAAUCAGGAGUUUUACUUUAAUUUUUACGACCUGUAUAUAGAAAAUAAAUCAAGCGAUGCAGAUAAAUAUAAUAGACUGUUGGAACACUGUGAAGUGCUAGCAGCUUUAGACAAGUUUUCCCAACUUCUAGAGUACUCUGUAGAAAAACGAGUGUCAAAAACAACACCGUCUUGUGCAAAAUGCUAUCCACGUUAUUUGAACUGCAAUCAUUCCAAAAUCGCCGUACUAUUUUCAGGAGGAAUAGAUUGUUCGAUUUUAGCAAUUCUAGCGGAUAAAUUUGCUAACAGAAAGGACGCCAUUGAUCUUAUCAAUGUCUCUUUUGAAGCAUUAAACUCUCAGAACGAAAAUUGGAAUGUACCCGAUAGACAGUCUGCUAUAAGCUCCCUGGAAUCAUUGAAGAGAUUAUGUCCUCACAGAACCUGGAACUUUAUUGAAGUAAAUGUAACUCGGAAAAGUUUGCACACCUAUCUUUCCAACAGGAUAAAACAUUUAAUAUACCCACUUAACACGGUGUUGGACGAAUCAAUUGGAUGUGCGUUUUGGUUUGCGUCACAAGGACAAGGAUUAUUGUGUGGAAAGAAUUAUGAAUCCACUGCAAAAGUUGUAUUAGUUGGAAGUGGUGCUGAUGAAUUAUUUGGAGGUUAUAUUAGACACAAAAAUGCUUUUAAUCGCUGUAUUGGUUCGCAAGAUGAAAAAGAAAAAUGUCUCCUAAAUGAAUUAGAAAAGGAUUGGCUUAGGAUACCGACACGCAACUUGGCCAGAGACGAUAGGGUAAUAUCUGACAGUGGUAGAACACCGAGAGCCCCUUUUAUAGAAGAAAAUGUUGUAAAAUUUGUUCGAAGCUUGAAACCAAAUCAAAGAUGCUGUUUUUUGUAUGAGGAUGGUAUAGGUGAUAAAUUAUUUUUGCGAUUAUUUGGAUAUAGACUUGGCUUAAAAGAUGUGGCAUUUCUGAAAAAAAGGGCAAUCCAAUUUGGUUCAAAGAUUGCAAACAAGAGGGAUAAAGCAAAUGAUCGUUCAAAAUAUUUAUGA